ACAGACAGCACAGAGUAGAGGAAGUAAAAGAGGAGAGAGUGAGAGACUUACUAUACAAAUAUAUUUUGAUAAUUAAUGCUCGGUACUUUAACUUUAAAUAUAGCAGCGUUGACAAUACAUAUUUAAGUAGAAUUCCAAAUACAACUGAUUUGAAUUGAAUUGAUUUGAAGAUAGAAAGCCUGGCUUGCUAGCUGCACUGCACUGACAGUGCGAUUGGUUGGUAUCGUGUGACUGCCUACUUUCUUGCUGUGCAGUAUAGACUCAGACCACUAGCUCUGGUCUCUGAGUACUCUGGAUUGGACUGGGGUUGGUCUGCAGUGGGAAGCAUGAAGCUGUCCGGGACAGUCCUGGAUUUGGAUAUGGCUGACUACAGUGUGGCCCUUGACCCCUCAUACAGUAUGCUGGAGUUUGAUAGCCUGAGAGUGCUCUCUGUCGGGACUGAUGUUCUGAUGCCUGACCCCGCCCCCCAGGCUGCUGUGACCAAUGAGAUUGGUGCGCUGUGUUCGAUCUGUGAAGACCGCGCCACGGGGAAGCACUACGGUGCGGCAAGCUGCGACGGCUGCAAAGGAUUUUUCAGGAGGAGCGUUCGCAAAAACCACAUCUACACCUGCCGGUUCAGCAGGCAGUGUGUGGUGGACAAGGACAAGAGGAACCAGUGUCGUUACUGCCGCCUGCGGAAGUGUUUCAGAGCUGGCAUGAAGAAGGACGCGGUUCAGAACGAGCGGGACCGAAUCAACAAUCGCCGGCCUGGCUGGGAGGAGGCCAACUCUCUCUCUCUGAGUAUUCUGCUGCAGGCUGAGGCCAUGGCUCGCCAGUUCUCAGCACCCCCACUCCCUGGAGCUGACAUCACCAGUAAGAAGUUUGCCAGUGUGACAGAUAUAUGCGAAUCCAUGAAGCAGCAACUACUCCUAUUGGUGGAGUGGGCCAAACACAUCCCAGCAUUUUGCAAGCUCCCAUUGGACGAUAGGGUGGCCCUGCUUCGAGCCCAUGCUGGAGAGCACCUCAUCCUGGGUGUGGCACGGCGCUCCCUGCCUUACGAUGACAUCCUGUUGCUGGGUAAUGACUUUGUCAUCCUGAUGAGCGGGCCGGACCCCGAGGUGUCCCGAGUGGCUGCACGGAUCCUGGACGAGCUGGUCCGGCCACUGAGGGAGCUGGACAUCACUGACAGCGAGUUCGCCUGCCUGAAGACCAUCAUCUUCUUCGACCCUGACUGCCCUGGUGUGGAGCAGUGCUUGGUGGUGAAGCAGCUGCGGUUCCAGGCCCAGGUUUUGCUGGAGGACUCGUCCAGUGAGCGGCGCGGUCGGUUCGGGGAGCUGCUGCUCUUGCUGCCUCCCCUGCAGAGUGUGGCCUGGCAGAUGGUGGAGCAGCUCCAGUUGGCUCGGAUGGUAGGGGCGGCCCAGGUGGACAGCCUACUGCAGGAGAUGUUGCUCGGGGGGGGAGGAGGAAGUCGAGGUGCCAUCCCAGAGUACUCCCAGCCUGGACCUCCACUUCCACUGCCCUGUGAACCUGUGAGGGCUAAUAUGAUGUUGCCUAGCAACUUUACCUCUGUAAUCCACCCUGUACCAAUCUCUGCUGUGGAGAGGUCCCUCUCCUCUCCGCCAACAGGGAGUGAGAUGUAUGAGCAAGACCAUGCCCGCAUGCUUGCUGGCUCUGCCCAGAUUCUGCCAGUGCCACUCGUCCCCAAACAAGAGAUCCUCUGAGAGUAGAGAGAGAAGGAGAGCUUUGAGAGGGAGCGAGAGAGACAAACACAAGUUAU